UGCCGGCCGAGAGCGAAGAGGGGAGCAGCGAGCCAGGAAGUCGGAAGAGCGCUGCCGCCGAUGCAGAGUCAGUCAGUCGGUCGGUCGCUAGCGCGCUGCUCGCGCGCGUUCGUCCCCUCGUCCGUCGCGAUAUCUCGGCCGAUCGGCCGAGCGGCAGAAGCGCCCGGAAGGUCGUGUACCUGCGCGCGGCGCGAGUGCCACGGGGGGCAGGCGGCGCGCCAUAAGGCGAGAGAGAGGGGCCGCCGCGCUCGCGGGGCUCGAGUGGGGGGCCAGCCACCCCCGAGCGCACGGCACGCGCGCGCGCGCGCGCCAGUGCAGCUGUCGCGCUCGCUGCCGAGGCUCGCACCCGCCGCCGAGAUGAGUAGCUUCAAGCGCCACCAGAGCAAAGUGUUCUGGGGCCGGAUGGAGUCGCGGGACGUCGGCGGUGACGACCACCCGCGGGCCGGCCUCGGCCUGGACGCCACCGCGGAGGAGCGCGAGGCCGAGCUGUCGACGCAGGAGGACAGCGAGCAGGAGGCCGACACCACGGUCAUCCACGUCGCCGAGCCGAGCGGGGACGCAGCCCCGCGGCUGCUGCCCGGGCGCUCGCUCAGCCCGGCGACCAGCCGUGGUCAGCGCAGCCAGGACUCCGGCUUCUCCGACUCGGGCCGCUCCGACAGCUCCGGCACCAGUGGUCUGCGGUCGCCCGAGCGUCGCAGGCGGCGCAGGCGCUCCAGCCGCGGCUCAAGGAGCCAGCGACUGGCCGAUCUGGCGGCCGCCUCCGCCGCCGCCGCCGCCAACGACGGCCCCGCGCACACCUCCACCCCCAAGCAGCGCGAGGACUCGGCGCCCAGCCGAGCGGCCCGCGACGACCUCCACGCCGCCAAGCAGCUCCAGUUUCGCAGCCAGACGAGCAACGACGAGGAGGAGCAGCUGUCUUCGCUGAACUCGAACGAGAUCGAGGAGCACCUGAACGACUUCCUGUACGCCAGCGAGCCGCCCGAAGAGGACGACUCGGCGCCGAGCCAGCGCUCCGCCGAGUCGCCUCCGCCGUCGCUGGCGCUGAGCGCGUGGCUGGACGAGCUGCGCGCCGGGCCCGAGGACGAGUGCACGGCCACGCUGCAGAGCAAGAGUCUGCCGAAGAGGAGGCCCGGGCAGCGGGAGACCGCGGGCGACCGGGACCAGCGGCCGCUCACCGCCUCGGCGACCACCGCCGCCAAGAAGCUGAUCGACGCGGCCGACGCGGUGGAGCGGCGCUACCAGCAAGCCCUCCGCUGCAUCGGCGACCGAGCGGAGUGCGGCGAGCCGCUGCGGGUGUUCGAGACCGAAGCCGCGGACCUGCUGCGGCGCCUCGGCGCCGCGCCGCCGCGGCGCGUCCACCCGCGCCAGGAGGAGCCGCGCGACGCGGCCCUGCGACUGGCCCGGCUGAAGGACGGCCUGGACCGGGCGCUGGAGCACCAGCUGGACCUCCGCGUCCGGAAGGUGGUGGCGGCGCUGGACGGCGCGAGCCACGAGGACGGCUGCACGGCCCGCGGCGCCCUCGCCGGCCUGACGGCCCUGGGCCUGGCCGGGCCCCGGGCGGGCGCCAGCGUGGCCCGCUGCGGCGGCGUGCGCGCGCUGCUCGCCCGCCUGGCCGCAGCCCCGCGCUCCUGCGCCGAGCUGCGCUGCGGAGCACUGCGCGCCCUCGCGAGCGUCUGCUGCUGCCUCGAGGCCGUGGACCAGCUGGUGCGCGACGGCGGCCCCGAGGUGCUCGCGGACGCGCUGAGCGCGGCGCGCGCGCCGCUGUCCGAGAGGACCGAGGCCGCGGCGCUCCUCGUGCAACUCACCGCGCCCUGGAUGGACCGCGUCGGCCUGCCUUACGUUGAGCCCUACGGGCCGCGGCUCGUGGCCGCCCUCACCGAGCUGGCGGAGCGCUGCACCUGCCGGCAGAGCCUGCUGCUCGCCGCCGCGGCCCUCAACCACCUGGCCCCCUCCAGGCGCUGCAUCGCCGCCAUCGUCGACUGCCAGUCCAUCAGGCGGCUGCUCAGGUGCGUCAAGAGAUCGAGCGGCGGUAACGUCUGCCUGAUGGAGCAGGUGGCCUCGCUCGUCGGCCAAGUGGCCCGAGUGCCGCAGGCCCGAGCCCACCUCGCCGAAACCCGCGCCUCGGUCGCGCUCGUCUGCUUCCUGCGGAUGCAGCCGCCCGGCCUCGAGGACGAGUAUCGCCGACUCGCGGCCACCACCAGCGAGGCGCUCACGCGCUUGUGCGUCGACCCGGAGAUCGCCAAGCAGGUCGUCGCCGUGGGCGGAUCCGAUUUUCUGCCGGAGCACGAGGAGGACAGCGAACAACGCUUCCAAAGCACCAAGUCACUCAGGGUCGCUCGCAAAAUUGCAGCUGAACAGAUCGACAUUGCUAGGAUAUGGGACUACAGCUCAAAUUAGAUACCGUCUUUUUCGUUGUUUCAUUCUUUCUUCCAACUGUAUCCGUCGCGAAUACUUUUAGUUGAGUUUUUUUGAAUAAUUUAAAUUUUUAUCAACUUAGAUGUAUAUAUUUAAAUAAAUCGUUUAUUGUUAUCUUAAGAAUUCUAGUCUAGUCUAGUUUAUACUUAAUAUUUUUAUAUCAUUGCCGAUUGAAGAUAAAAGGUUUAUUUUGUAUACGGUAAUAAUAAAAAAUCCAUAGAACUACAAAUUAUC